AUGGUCUUUUACCUGGUGAUGUGCAUCCUCUGGUUCAUUAUAAUGAUUGUUCAAGUCAUCAUUGCCCUUAUCGCAUGGCUCAUCUGGACAAUUAUCCGAAGGGUGGUGGAUACAUGUCAUGAAGUUGGAGACACUUGCGUUUGUGAUGGCACAGAUGAGAGGGCUCCAGUAACAGGUGAGAUAAGAACAAGGCAUGUUGUGCUACCAGGGCUGAAACUUUAUAAGGGACUUUGUGGGUCCUACAGGAUCCUACAUGCACCAUUUGGACUCUUCAAAAAUGGUUCCAAAGGGAGCUGAGCUACCAGAUGAAUCUUGGUUAGAGACCUCCAGGAUCCGACAGGAUCCUAAACGCACCAUAAAGGGUGCAGUGUGCUGACAGGUACACCCCGUUAGAGCUGCUGAGUAGGAACCAUGGGGGAUCCAGUAUACAUGUAUUACUUUGAUUCUUCAAAAUCGUGGUUCCUCUACUGGAAUUUUUAAACACAUCUGAUUUAAAUUCAGUAAUCAAAAUAACCACUUCUUAAACUAAUCUUUGCUGUAAAAGCGGGAAAAAGGAAGUGUUCAUUGUGAGUAAGUGACGGGUUUGCACUUGGAAAAAUUCAGAUCUAGUAGACUUAUUUAUUGAUAGUCAAGACUUCUUGGUUCUAAAAAGUAUUCAAACUGACUUUUAUAACAUAACUCUCGUAUUGUUCUUUCGAGCCCUAAUCCUAUAAAAUCCGCGUAUUUCAGGUGACUAUUGCCACUGUUUUACUAAGGGUUAUGAUCACUCGAGUGACACAAACACAACCCCAAAAGAAAUUUUUUACACGUCGUACGCAAGCGCCAGCACAGUAAGAUACGUAUGCGCAAUGAACAUCCUGCAUACAUCCCAUCAGGGUGCAAUCUCGACCCCAGAGCUCUUAUGCGCAUAACGGCCAGGGAGUCAGAAGCGUAAGCACUGGGGUCGAGAUUGAUUGGGGUAGACAUACUGUACUUGCUAUCGCGGUUCCGUUUGCGUAGUCCCGCUUCAUUCGUGUAAAAUGCAAAUGAAAGCGCAAGCACCGUACAAAAGCACUCUGCACAUCAACAGCAAUUAUAGACUAUUUAUCAACGCGGCUACAAUUUUCCAUUGUCUGCUCUCUUAGGUCUAGAAAUACGUGUAUUUCCUCGCAAAGAAAAAUCAAAAUCAUGUGUUCUUUAAGAUCAGACAACGAGAGGUUUGGAUAUCAAGUUUAUUGCGUCAGAUUUGAUAACAAGUACACAAAGUAGCGAAUGACGUCAUAACUAAGUCAAUAGCCUCACGCGGGACGGUGGCUGGGUAACGUGCUUGCCUUUCCAAUUGAGCUUAUCACUGACACGUUCAUGCUGCGGACGAUCAGAUAAGCUUUGACGUCAAAUGUGAUCGACGUGUGAUUAAAAUUGUUGCACAAUGAAUUUGGAUUUUGAUAUAGCCUGUGAACAGGCCCUCUCUUUGGGGUUUUGAUACUGACGGUUGGAAUGAUUAUAGGACAUUUUCAAUCUCAAAAUAUGUUUUCACCUCUUAGUGCACAACUGUGAUGACAUCAGGGUGAUUGAAUCCUGCUUUUUGGCCAUUCUAAUCGUGUCAGGUUUUGCUGCCAUUUUCACACUGGCCGGUUCCAUCAUUGGCUGCAUGGGAACAUGCUGCGCAAGAACUCAGGUAAUCAAGCCCGGGGAGGUACUUCCUAGUGAUAGGCUAAUGGGAAUGUACCUCUGGAUGGGGUCGUAUUUACUCGAAUGGAUUGACUAUAAUGAGGCUGCAUUUUAAAUGGAAGUCACUAGAAUGGGGUCGCACAUUUUCGGGAUUUAGUUAGGGGUAAGAAAAUUCUGGUUAGUUAAACGCACUCCUUUUUUAGGUGGGGAUGAUGAGUGGCCAACUUCUUGAAGCUCUUACCCUAUCUCAGACCAAAAUACGUGAUUUUCCCUACCCUAUGUCAGGGCUAAUAUCGCUCUGAAGAGAAGAAUGAUUCAAAAAGUACCCAAUUCUUGACCUUGGCUCCAGAGAACACAAACAUUACCCUAUCUCUCACCCAAACGGUAACAUCAGUACCCAAUACUGGAACAAAAGAGCUCAUGAAACUAUAUCCUUUGACGCUUGUAUGUUGAUACAGCUUAUAUCAUAAGGAAGGUAUAUAGGGUAUUUUAAGUAUAUUAAGGAGUCUCGAAAAAGUCAGUUUCAAACCAGAGAUAUCUUAGCCUAGAUUUAAUCGUAAUUGCCGUUUAUUGUAUAAUAUAAGCUGUUUUGGUCGUAUUUUAUUCUUGUUUUGCAUUUUAUUUCUCGUUGAUUUUGAGUAUGAUUAUGCGACGUGAUAAUGAGUUUAGAAACAAAGGAAAUAUGCUCUCUGCGCUUCCUCUGCAAGCCGUUUCUUCACUGAGAACUUUCUAAGAAUUUGAUAAGGAUUUCAAAAGAGGGAGAUAAACUGGCUGAUAAUGCAGCUUGGCUUUAAUAAAACGAAACUGGAGAUAUUUUAUGGAGAAAGAGUGAUUUUCACUCAAGUUACCAUCAAUUAAACAUUUUACCAACAUGCGCGUUUAUCAUGUGCGUUUUUUUUUCAUCCUCUCAGCCAGCCAACGUUGUUGUGGUACAUCAGCCCACGGGAUACCCGAUGACAAUGCAACAGACUAUAAUGACUACGCAGCAGGGCUAUCCACCUCAACAGGGCUAUCCACCUCAACAGGGCUAUCCA